AUACAGUAAUUGAGGAUAACGAAAAACAAAUAUGGAUUGGAGUUUUGUGGAAAAACCAAAAUCAGGCACCGAAACCGCUCUAGAUGCUUGUGAUUAUUUUCUAGAUGAGGUCAUUGAAAUUACAAAAACCUUAGAUGCUCGUGAACAGGUUCGCCUUAUCAAACAUCGUGAAUUGCGACAUGCAGUAACCUCUGGAGAUGAACGCACGGUGCGUGUCCUUUUGGAGGCAUUGGGCAGUGAGCGGCAAAUUAUAGUCAAUAUGGCUCCGGCUGGUGCAAAUACACUGUUAUUCCUGGCCGCCCAGUCGGGUUAUGAGAGCAUAACAAAUCGUUUAUUGGAUGCCGGUGCUGAUGGCCGUUCGCAUACGGUUACAAAAUAUUCACCAUUGUAUGCUGCUGUACACCAUGGCCACUAUAAUAUUGCCAAGAAAAUGUUGGAAAAGUUUCCAGAUUUAAUACAGCAACCGACAGUGGAAAAAUGGCUACCGAUACAUGCCGCCUGUAUAAAUGGUCACGUCAACCUGCUCGAAUUACUUAUCAAUUACAACUAUCCGGAAUAUCUCUAUUCAACAUAUCGUGACGAAGAGGGCGUUUGGGAAUGGAGUUUACCCUUCGAUCCGAAUGCACAAGAUGUCACCGGACAAACUAGUCUUUAUAUAGCCAGUAUAUUGGGUAAUAAGUCUCUAGUCAAUAUAUUAUUAAAAUGGAAAGUUCGGGCCCGUAAAACCUGUGCUCAAAGUCCACAAAGUGCACCGAUAACACCGACCCGCAAGCGUAUUUCAUUCGGUAUACAGGCGAUAAUGUCAAAGCUGAAUAUAUCCGGUGAGGGUGAACAGUUGAUAAAAGAAGAGUCUCUAGAAUGCGAUAGAUGUCCAAUAAACAUAAAUUUGCUAUGUGGUGCUGCACGGGAAACAUCGUUGCUGGCAGCUGUACGUGGUUCGUUUUUAGAUGUUGUAACGGUACUCUUACAAAAUGGUGCAAAUCCCAAUAUAAUUGCUAAGCCCGUUGAGGAUCACAACGAUCCGAAGUGUAGUGAAGAGAUAUAUGGUUUGAGUAAUGUACCCAUAGCUGAGGCAUGUAAACAACGUUCACUGCCGAUGGUGGAGUUGUUGUUGAAAUAUGGUGCUCGUGAUGAUAAUGGUUCAGCUUUGAGUGUGGCUGUUGCCUCAGAGGAUGAGGCCAUAUUGAAUCGUUUACUUGCCAAACGUGUCCAUCCCGAUUCCGAUUAUAAAAUCAAUAAGAAAGGUCUACCCACACCGGUUGAAGUUAAAGUUUUCUUGCCAUCUGCCACAAAUAUUUCAUACAGUACCAUGUUUCCAAAUACACCGGUCAUUAUAGAUUGGCAUAAUAAUACAAAUGUCCAGUUGCCGUUUGUUAGAGUUGAUUGGAUGGUAAAUGGUGUAUUACAAUUGAAUCCGAAAUUACAGGGUCAUCCGAAAAUCACCGAGGUUGCAUUAACAGCCAUAACACGCAUCGAUUUCUCUCACAAUCAUCUUACAAGCUUGCCCAUUGAAAUUUUCAAUUUAGUUUCGCUAAAAUACUUAAAUGUGGCUCAAAAUAAAAUAACCCAACUACCCAUGCCAUCGGCUACAACACCCAGCGGCAGAUCUGCCUACUCCUCACCAGUUCUUGAAGAAAUCUAUAUACAAGAUAAUCAGCUGAUAACAAUACCAGCGGAAAUAUUUGAUUUGCCAGCAUUAACAAUUUUAGAUAUAUCCAAUAAUAAACUACAGGAAAUGCCAUUCGAUAUGUGGAAAGCCCCGAAAUUACGUGAAUUGAAUAUUGCCUUUAAUUUACUCAAAGAUCUUCCCAUACCACCCAUGCAAACGUCAUCGUCCCAACUGAGUUUAGAUAAAUUAGAUUUGGAACCAUUUUCAAAGUUCGAUGCCUACGGUUCGGAGAAUCGCAGCAAGACAAGAACACUCACCCUACAACCCUUGGUGCAUCGUAAUAUAUGGUCGAAUAGUUUGGAGAUAACCGACAACGAUGUCAAAUGGAAUGAAUCGAAAAAGGAAGAGGGUGUCUCACAACUCAAUAGCCUAAAUAUAGCCAACAAUUUGUUCACUAGCAUUCCAGCGGCCUUGCCUUGUUUGGCAGUGAAUUUAACAAGACUUAAUAUGUCCUAUAAUAGUUUAAGAUCCAUGGGUCAUGUUACUAGUUAUCCGGCAACCUUGAAACAAUUAGAUUUAAGUCACAAUGAAAUUUCCUGUUGGCCCAGUUUGCCACGCAUCACCGAAUCGGAUCCUCAUCUUUUGUGCUAUAGUUUUGUAGCCCAAAAUCAGGGUGGAGAAAAUGAUGAUAUACCCUCGUUUGCCAAACACAAUCCUAAUAAUGCUAAGUCAUCAUCAUUUCGUUCCACCGUGUUGAAGAGUGUGUGUCGUCAUCGCAGACAUUUACGCUUGGAAUCGUUGAGGACAUUAAUUUUGGCCGAUAAUUUACUAACACGUAUACAAUUAUCCACCGACGAUGUAACCACACUUUUCAAUGAAUCGGAUGAUUCUGAUUGGAGUGUUGUUGGUGUAACCAAAUCAAAGUUGAUAUUUCCGAAUCUCUCAAUGUUGGAUAUAAGCAACAAUUGUUUGAAAGAAAUUCCCACAUCGCUACAUGAAUUGACAAGUCUUAGUGUGCUCAAUAUAAGUGGCAAUGUUAAUGUCACGGAUCUUCCACCACAUUUGGGUUUGCUGACACGUUUAUGGAAUUUGAAUACUCGUGGCUGUCUGCUGCAGGAUCCACUGAAGUCAAUGAUUGAAAGUAAAAAAUAUAAGACAAUGGACAUCAUUGGUUACCUGAAAUCUAUUUAUGAAGAUGCCCAGCCAUAUGCGCGCAUGAAAUUAAUGGUGGUUGGUGUUCAGGGUAUUGGUAAGACUACACUGUUGGAUUUGUUGCGUCAGGGAGUUGGUUCGCAGAAACCCAAAGCUUCUGAAAAUCAUUGGGCUAAACGCAUGGGUCACACCAAGAAUCUCUCGAAAUCACAAAGAGGUGGCAAUAUAUCCACUGUGGGUGUGGAUAUCGGUACAUGGAUAUCUGAGAAACGUAAAAAGGCCCCGGGAUCACAUGGACCGGUUGUGUUUCGCACCUGGGAUUUUGGUGGUCAAAAGGAAUAUUAUGCCACGCAUCAGUACUUCCUUUCGAAGCGUAGCCUUUAUUUGGUAUUAUGGAAAAUAACGGAUGGCCACAAGGGUCUUGCCGAAAUCCUACAAUGGUUGGGUAAUAUACAGGCACGAGCACCCAAUUCACCGGUCAUAAUUGUUGGCACCCAUUUUGAUGCUGUCGGCGAUACCUUUUCCCCGGAAAAAGCCGAGGAGUUACAACAGAUAAUUCGUGAAAAAUUCAUUGCCAUUCCGGAUGCAGAGAAAAUUGGUCUACCACGUGUAAUUGAUUCCAUUGAAAUUAGUUGCAAAACAAUGCACAAUAUACGCCUGCUAAUAAACAUUAUUUAUGAUACUGCAUUCAUGCUGAAAUCUCCCGGUUCCAAAGAACCAAUGCUACUACAAAAAAUACCAGCCAGUUAUAUUGCCCUAGAAGAUAUUGUCAAUGUUAUAUCGUGUAACUUAAAGGCCGCCGGUUUAGAUCCUGUUCUCGAUGCAGAAAAUUAUCGUAAAUUGGUAACGGAGGAAAUGCGUUUACAUAAUUAUAAAAGUUUUCGUGAUACCGCUGAGCUAAAUCAGGCAACUAUGUUUCUACAUGACAAUGGCGUCCUCUUGCAUUAUGAUGAUGCCACUCUACGUGAUUAUUAUUUCCUAGAUCCGCAAUGGCUGUGUGACAUGUUGGCCCAUGUGGUAACGGUGCGUGAAAUUAAUCCAUUUGCUCGCACCGGAAUUAUGAAAUUGGAUGAUUUGAAUUUAUUAUUUCGCAAUUCAAGUGGUAGCAGUAAUUCAAAUCGUUCAUAUAUUGUAAGCCUGUUGAAUAAAUUCGAGGUGGCGUUGACAUGGGAUUCGCGAACAUUGCUGAUACCGUCGUUGUUGCCGCAAAAUGAAAAUGAAUCGCCAAAUUCGGGAACAAUUGUAAAGAUUUCACAGCGAACACGUGGUCGCAAUUUGAAUUUAGGUUGCUCUGUCUCAAAUGAAAUUAAUUUAAAUAAUUUAGUUUAUGAGCCAGUGGAGCAAACCACCAACUCCUCUUCAGUGAAUGACAGUAAUAUAUUGGAAAUGGGUCUUAAACGUAUUUUGCUUAUGACCUAUUUUCCGUCGGGUUUUUGGUCACGUUUGAUUACACGGCUUUUGGCCGAUGAGCAUAUAACUGAAGCCAUAAAAUCGGUCUACAUUGCGGCUAAUGAUCAAUCCCUUGAAUUCGAUUUACGUACCUCUUUGGAACACGACAGUCAGUGGAAUUUAUGGCAAACUGGCGUUUCACUUUACUAUGGCCCAAUAUUGGUCUUUAAAAUAUGGGAGUUACCAUUUCAAUUGUCGGCGAAUACCCAACCUUUUCGUAAUGCCAGUAAUCGGUUUAAACUUAAAUUGGAUGGCGUGUGGAGUGAUAUAAAUUUGUGUAACUCGAGUAUAUUGGAGAUAUCAUUUCCGCUAACCCAUGUCAAUGUCUAUCAAGAGGUAGAGGAUGGUGCACGCCAACAUUUGGCACAAAUUGAACCUAAUAUGCCAAUUAUUGCCAAGUUGUUGGCAUUAGCUGUAGAUCAUAUUGAUUUACUGUUAGAGGAUUGGUAUCCUUCGUUGGGCACACGAUUUGUUCACACCUCGGAGGGUCGAUUUUUGAUAACACGACUUGUAAUGUGUCCACGAUGUUUGAAAAAGUUAUCGCUGAAUAGUAAAAAAUCUGAAUCUUCCGAUAAUAAUGGUGCUGGUGGCGGCAGCGGAAGUGGGGGAGGUGAUAAUGGAGAUGAUGCUCAAUUGAAUGUAUUUUCGGCGUAUCUAAAUGCCACCGCCAGAAGGGAACGUCGAUCAGAGGAUUCCCUUUGUUCUGAUGCUGAUUCGGGUGUGGGCCCAGAUUCUGCCGGUUCUUCACGCAACACCUCCGUUGACGGCCAUCCAUUAUAUAAUAUUCCUGAUAUAUCGAAUGUGUGCUACACUUGGAUGAUUGAAGAAUGCAUAUUGUCGGUAUAUAAUCAAACGAAAAUCUCUUGUCCAGUCCACCUGGAGGUACCUAUGCUGAAAUUGGCACCCGAUGUUGUUUUCGCCGAUAUACCCGAUAAAUAUACCAUCAAUUCGGAAACAAUUAUAAAAGGUUCAUUAUUGGGUCGUGGUGCAUUUGGCUUUGUUUUUAAGGCAACAUGUAAACUGAAAGGAUCUCGCAACUUCCGUGCUGUUGCUAUGAAAAUGUUACAACCUGUUCCACCCGGACCCAGAGCUAAAGAAAGUGCCCUAAUGGCUUAUAAAGUGGCUUUGGGAAAAUGGGAUCGUGAUCCAUUGCAACAUGCAUGUAAAGCUUAUUGUACAGCCAGACAAGAGCUGGCUGUUCUGUUGACGCUGAAACAUCCCAAUAUUGUUCCUUUGGUGGGUAUUUGUAUCAAACCGUUGGCAUUGGUAUUGGAGUUAGCUCCAAUGGGUGGUUUAGAUUCGAUAUUACGACAACAUCGUCGCAGUGGUGCUCACAUUGGUCCACAUACAUUUCAAAUAUUGGUACUGCAGGCGGCUCGCGCUAUAGAAUAUUUACAUCGUCGCCGUAUAAUAUAUAGGGAUUUGAAAUCGGAAAAUGUCCUCGUGUGGGAUUUUCCACAACCACAUGCAGAGGAUAGUCCACGAAAUUCGAUACACAUCAAAAUUGCCGAUUAUGGCAUAAGUCGUCAAACGGCUCCUAGUGGUUCAAAGGGUUUUGGUGGUACCGAAGGAUUUAUGGCUCCUGAGAUAAUACGUUACAAUGGCGAAGAGGAAUAUACGGAAAAGGUUGAUUGUUUCUCUUUCGGCAUGUUCAUUUACGAAAAUAUCAGUUUGCGGCAACCAUUUGAGGGACAUGAAUCGAUUAAAGAAUGUAUACUGGAGGGAAAUCGACCGGCGCUAACACAAAGAGAAACACAAUUUCCAACCUACUGUUUGGAUUUAAUGGUCUUGUGUUGGGAUGAAUUACCCAAGAAGAGACCAACAGCCAGUCAAAUUGUUUCUAUACUGAGUGCACCAGAAUUUAUACAUCUCUUAGAUGUUGUGGCCUUGCCACAUGCUGAUAAAGUUGUUUGUGGUGGUUUUAGUUUUAGUAAUUCCAAUAGUCCAAUUGAAGAUGACUUCUCCAGCCUGGAGUUAUGGCUGCCCGGCUACAAUUCUCACAUUGAUGUGCUGGAAACAACAACACAUGGUCAAUUUAUACAAUCGAGUACAAUUAAAUGCACAAAUAAAUUCCUAUCGUCGGAUCCCAAGUCACCGCGUGUGGAAGAAGUUAGCCUGAAGUCACAGUCAUCUUCACCACUGAAUACACCCUCAUCACUGCAGGCCUCCUCGUCCUCGGGUUCUUCAUCGCGAACACCAUCUGCAACACGUUUGCCACGUAUUAAUAUGCUUUGUUGUUGUAUUAUUGAACAAUCAAUAUGGAUUGGUGAUGCAUCGGGCACCCUGCAUUCCUAUAGUUUGGCAGAUUACACCCAUAUAUUUUCAUAUAUGUUAGAUCCGGCCAUUAAAUCACCCCUGAUAAGUUUGGUGUAUUUAAAGGAUAUUGAACGUGUUGCAGUGGGUCUACAUAAUGGUCGGGUAUUUUUAGUGGAUAGCUCACGUAUACCCUUGAAUUGUGCAUUUGCCGAGGGUUCAUUCGUUUUGACGGAAAUUUGUUCGGGUUUAAUAUUACACUGUGCAUGUGCUGUUAUGGUGGAGGGAACCUACGAGUUGUGGUGCGGUGAAAUGGCCGGCAAAUUAAAUGUCUUCCCAUUGAGCAAGACCGGUGUUUGUGGCCAUCAAGCAUUGUGUCACAGCGAUGAACCGAAUGCCAUCGAAGAUUUGCGAGUUGCCCGCAUGUGCAGCAAUAUGAAUUAUGUCUUCACCUGCCUCUAUCCGGGAUUUAUGGUUUAUCAAUGGCAUGCUGAAAAUAAAACCAUAGAAAAUAAAUUAGACUGUUCAAAACUGUUACCCUGUUCGGAAUCGUUAAAGAGUAUUGCUAUUGAUGAACACUUGAGUCUUAUUAAAUGUCAAAUUUCGGCAUUAUGUACGCAUGGCCAAGAGUUGUAUAUUGGUACCACUUGGGGUUGUUUGAUAAUAGCUGAAGUGAAUACUCUGCGACCUGUUGUCGUAUUUCGUCCAUAUGAAAAUGAGAUCAAAACAAUUGUUGCUGUACCACAUCCCAAUGUACCGCUUAUUGCCACAAUUGGUAGACGUUAUCGUUCACUGAUAUCACGUUAUAUGGAUUCGCCCGAGAGUUCCAGUAGUAAAAAUGUAUCAACACCGACACAUUUUGAUCAUUUCAAGAAUCAAUACAAAGCAAAUCAGCCACAAGAUAUUGACAGUCAUAUUCAUGUUCUUUUGUGGAAAGCCAAAGAUUGGACAUAGAAU